GCCAGUAUGCAAACAUGAUGGCAGGAGCUGGAGCGGGCACUUUGAAACCCAGAGACAGAGAUAUAUUGCGAAUGGCAGAGAUACUCUACGAGCUCAGGACAGCCUGUCUGUGGGCUACUGUAAUACAAUUUCUCCCUGAAGUGGACUUGAACGAUGGUCAACCUGCUGGGUUCUUUGCCCUUGACCUAGCCACCGCAGGAUAUGGGCUCUCGCACCUUCUGGCUCCAGGAUGAGGAACGCUGUCGCUCUCCGAGAAGGGGAAUGGCUUGUUGAUUCAGCAGAAACGCCCAUCCCAGCUCUAUUCUUCUCAGCUGGCACCCUCACAAAGCCAGCCUCUGGGCCUGCCCUGGUUUUUUCAUGAUGUCAUCCAUUCAUCAUUGUGAGCUGAUUGGCGGUCCCAGGCCUUGGCCAGCUGCCCAAGGCCAGGAGGGAAGAGAGAGGUACCAGGACAAACUUGCGGUCAAAAAGGGCAGGAACUGGAUAGACAUCUACAAAGCCUCCAACACCAUGGCCAUUGGGGUGACCUCCUCCGUGCCCUGCCUGCCCCUUCCCAAUAUCCUCCUCAUGGCUAGUGUCAAAUGGCACCAGGGACAGAGCCAGACAUGGAACAGACCAUCUAAAGCCCCAAACAUCAUCCUGAAGAGGAUACUCCCCCUGAAGUUUGUGGAGCUCCAGGUCUGUGACCGGCUUCAACGCAUCCUGCGGUUGAGGACAGUCACUGAGAAGAUCUACUACCUAAGGCUCCACCCUGACCAUCCAGAGACUGUCUUCCACUUCUGGAUCCGACUGGUUCGGAUUCUGCAGAAGGGCCUGUCCAUCACCACCAAAGACCCUCGGAUUCUUGUCACUCACUGUCUGGUCCCCAAGAACAGCUGCAGCCCCUCGGGAGACUCGAACUUAGUACAGAAGAAACCCCAAGCCUCCCAGCCCAGCGAGAGCCUCAUGCAGCUGAUGGCUAAGGGGGAAAGUGAAGCACUCUCUCAGAUUUUUGCCGACUUGCACCAGCCCCGCCAGUUAAGUUCCAGGAGCAGCAAAAAGACACAGACCAAAAGGGACAGCCCAGAGAAAGAUACUCCCAGUGAAGACAGCAUCCCUUGUACCCAAGACCUCAGCUGGAGGGACUCGUUCACUUAUGGAGAGUGGGAAAGAGAGAACCCCUCGGGUCCACAGCCCCUUUCACUCCUCAGCACCCUGGCAGCCUCCACGGGGCCACAGCUGUCCCCACUCAUAGGAAAUUGUAUUUGAACCACCCUUUCAUUCUGGGGAGAAUCUAUGCAGUCCUCACCAAUGCCACUCUGCAGCCUUCAGCUUUCUGAGGGACUCUAUCUGGAUGUGGAGGAGGAGAAAGCUGCAACUAAGGAAACACUAGAAUCAUCUCACGCUGAUAGCACAGCCUUUCCUUGGAGAACCACUUGCGAGCACGGCUCCGGGUGAGAAGCAUUAUUCCUGCAUCGUUCUAGUAUGUAACUCCACGUACUCGGGGUCCGCACCGCCACCUGUCACCACACCUAGCCUCCAUCCCACCACCAGAGCGAGCACAAGAAGACAUGCUCUCAGAAGGGCCAGGGCCAAGAGGUGGAGAGAAGGAAGGAAAGGGAAGCAGGACCCUAGGAGACGUGGAAGAGACCAAAGUGGAGGCGAAGAGAGGAGGUGGAGGGAGGAAGUCCGAGAAGAGGGGAGAUCUCGCGGCGAGGCGGUAACAGAAGGAAACAGAGGGACCUGAAAAAGAAGCUGGAGAGGAUAAGAGAAGAAACACACCACUGAGAGAUGCCUCACCAAGCUUCUAUUUAUCUAAUUUAAAACUUGAAAGUAAGGCCAUAAACCAAAAGAGAAAUGUC